ACUAGAGAGCUCAGUUAGUAGUCAUAUGACCUGUAGUGCUUCUAUAUACAGGGCAUAGACACGGCAAUUGUUCCGCACACAGGACUUCGAGUUUAGCAUUUGAGGUCAACAUUGUUGGCGCAUUCGGCUAGUUUCGUCCUCGACAUGACCAGUAUGUCUUUUGUUAGUUUGGUGGUGUGUUUCCUUACUGGUUCGUGUCUUACAUGGGCUAACUACGUCCCUGACGAGGUAACCGAACUACCGGGAAUGUCGUUUAAACCGAACUACCGGCAGUGGUCGGGCUAUUUGAAAGCCAGCCCUGGAAAGUUUCUCCAUUACUGGUUUGUGACCUCACAGAGGGACCCUCUGAAGGACCCUGUUGUGCUGUGGCUGAAUGGAGGGCCAGGCUGCAGCUCGCUGGAUGGCUUUCUGUCAGAGAACGGCCCCUUCCAUGUGAAUGAUGAUGGGGCCACUCUGUAUGAGAAUAAUUUCAGCUGGAACAGGAUCGCCAACGUUCUGUACCUAGAGUCCCCUGCAGGUGUGGGAUACUCCUACUCUGAUGACCAGAAGUACAAAACUGACGAUGACCAGGUGGCUGAUGACAACUACCUAGCUCUGCAGAGUUUCUUUGCCAAGUUUCCAAACUUCACACAGAAUGAGUUCUUCAUCAUCGGUGAGAGUUAUGGUGGGAUCUAUGCCCCGACACUCAGCCAGCGUGUGGCCACAGGGACCGCAAAGAUUAACUUCAAGGGCUUUGCAGUGGGUAAUGGCCUCAGUAGCUAUGCCCUGAAUGACCAGUCUCUGAUCUACUUUGGUUACUACCACGGCCUCUUCGGAGAACAACUGUGGACAGAUCUGAACACAAACUGCUGUGAUAAGGGAACAUGUAACUUCUUCAACAACAGCAAGGAGGCCUGCAAGACACUGUUGAGCCAGGCCUUUAGUAUUGUGUAUGAUUCUGGGCUGAAUGAGUAUGCACUUUACAUGGACUGUGAGGGUGGAGUUGGGGCCAGAGCCUAUAAGAGGAGCAUGAGCCACCUCUUCAGGAACUACAGGAAGCACUGGGACACCUUCCAGCUGCUGAAGGUGCCGUCCGUCACUGGCCAAACUCCUUCUAUGGGUGAGGUCCCUCCCUGCAUUAACAGCACAGCGCAGAUGAACUGGCUCAACCGGGGUGAUGUGAGGAAAGCCCUACACAUCCCUGAUACACUUCCACCCUGGGACAUCUGCAGUGACGUGGUGGGAGGACAGUACACCAACAUCUACCCAACAGUGAAGGAUGUGUAUCUGAAGCUGCUGUCUCUGGGUGUCCGGGCGCUGGUCUAUAACGGAGACACUGACAUGGCCUGCAACUUCCUGGGAGACAAGUGGUUUGUGGAGCAGCUCAACCAGAAGACAACCACCAAGUACCAGAGCUGGAUAUCUGAUGACCAGAUUGCUGGCUUCUACGAGCAGUAUGGAAACCUCACUCUCCUGACUGUGAAGGGCGCUGGUCACAUGGUGCCGCAGUGGGCUCCAGGCCCCGCCUUAGACAUGUUCCAGUCCUUCCUGUCAAACAAACCCUACUGAGCAUGCUCCUGGGGCUGCUUCCAGUGUCUGUAAUGGAACUUGUUAGUGGGUCAGGAUGAUGGCCCAUUUUUCUCAGGGUGUGUUGGGUGGAAAGGGGGAAACAAAUGUUUUGUUUUUGAUCAAAUGAAAUGUUUCUGUUGCACUCUAAGUUCAUUAGAUCAAAGCGCAACUCUGGAGUUGGUGACAUGAGUGUAAUCGGACUGAGCCAUUUCUUAAUUUCAGUAAAUGUAUAAUUUUACUUGACGCAAACUGCAUAUUAAUAGCCUUACAGAAAUGUUUAGGUGCAUCACAUGUCAAAUCUUCCUUUGGUGAUGCUGUGCAAUCACUCUGGUUGGCUUUCUAACUGAUUAGCAGCUUAUUAAUCACAUCAGAGCUAUCAUUUGCCUUUUGAGUUUCCUCAUGCAGUUUUUGUAUCUGGGUUUUCAAUUGUCACCACUUGGGGAGCUGAAAUGCCAUGGAACUCAAAUAGCCAAAAGGCCAAUCAGCACUUCUAAAGAAUCUAACAUUCUUUGUCUUUCUAAUAAAUGCUUUUUAUGAAACCAUAUCUUAUUAAUUUAUCAUUUUAAGAGCUUUUACUGAACAUGAUUACAGAAUGUGUAAAAACAUCCACGUAAUCUUAAGUGACUUCCAUUGACACUUAAAGAUAAUGGUGAAUUCCAGGGAUGGUGAUUGAGCAACAAAAAUCUCAGCCAUUAUACUAAAGAUUCAGUACACAACAGGCCAAUCGGUGUAGCAGAGAUAAACUGGAAAUGACUAAUGGUAGGUAGGCCUUCUUGCAGAAGUCAGGAUACAUGUCUAGUGCUUCCUACAUCUGCAUUGCUUGUUUGGUGUUUUAAGCUGGGUUUCUGUAUAGCACUUUGACAUCUGCUGAUCUAAGGUUUUUAUAAAUACAUUUGACUAGUC